UACGAGACGGGGCGGGGCAAGGAGCGGGACGACAGGGCCGCGCGGCGCUGCUUCCUCAAGGCCGCGAUGAUGGGCGACCCGACGGCCAUGCGCUACGUCGCUGGCUGCUACCUGCGGGGCGUCGGCGGCGACGUCAACUACGACGAGGCCUUCCGCUGGUACCGCAAGGCGGUCCACGCCGGCGACGUCAAGGCGCAGGCGAACCUCGCGGACAUGCUCGACGAGGGCCAGGGCUGCGACCGGGACGCGUCCGAGGCGCAGACGUACUACCGC